UCAUUUAAAUGACAUAUGCAGGAGGCUGUUUACCGCCUCCUGGUACUUUUCUCAUAUGGCAAUGACCCUGAGUUGUCCAUUAAUCCCAGCUUACACUCUUACGGGGACACUGAUGUGGAACCCCUCAUUUUCCUUCUACAGUUCUCUAGCCAGUCUGAGGCCUCUGACAGUAGCCAGCAGUUACAACAUGCCAUGGAGGAGCGGGCUCAGCUGGAGACCCACGUAGGCCAGCUGAUGGAGUCGCUGAAACAGCUCCAGAUGGAGAGGGACCAGUAUGCAGAGAACCUGAAAGGAGAGAGUGCCAUGUGGCAGCAGAGGAUACAGCAAAUGUCAGAGCAGGUGCACACACUGAAGGAAGAGAAGGAACACAGAGAGAGUCAGGUACAAGAGCUGGAGACCAGCUUGGCAGCACUCAGGAGUCAGAUGGAGGAGCCACCACCCCUAAAGCCUCCAGCGGGGCCUUCUGAGGUCGAAGAGCGGCUGCAGGGAGAGGUUGAGCAGCUGCAGAAGGAACUGGAGAAUCGGAUGGGACAGCUGAAGGCCCAGGUGCAGGACAAUGAGAGCCUGAGCCUCCUGAACCGUGAGCAGGAGGAGCGGCUGCUGGAGCUGGAGCGGGCGGCCGAGCGCUGGAGUGAGCAGGCAGAGGAGCGCAAGCAGAUCCUGGAGAGCAUGCAGAGUGACUGCACCACCAUCAGCAGAGCACUGUCGCAGAACCGAGAGCUAAAGGAGCAGUUGGCCGAGCUGCAGAACGGCUUUGUCAGGCUGGUGCGGAGCCUGCAGGCUCUCCUUACUCACAGGGAACACAGCCCUUCUGACCAACAAGAACAUGAAGAUUACCAGUGCCCUGUAAUCAGGGCAGCAUGUCAAAAAGGAGCUGACAAGAGGCUGGGGGAGCUGCAGGAGAUGGUAAACCCAUAGAGGUAGAGGCAAAAAGAUCAGGCGUUCAACAUCACCCUCAGCUACAUAGUGGGCUCAGCCUGA